UCAUAUGUCUAAUAUGUCAAUAGACCGAUUUCAACAAAUUCGUAAAUUAUUUCUUGUUGAUAUAAUAUAAUGGAAAAUAUUGAUCUCAUUUGGUAAUUUACAUUAUAGAAAUAAUAUUGAAUACAUACAAAAAUGUUUUCACGUUCCAAACAUCUCGUGUCGCGAGUUCUGCCUUUAAAGAAUGCAUUUAAUUUAGAAUACCAAAAUGAAGCUCGUGUCAUGUACCGAAUAGCAGCAGUCAGACAUCGCUCGACUACUCCAUUGAAUACUAUCAUCAUGUUCGUGCCGCAACAAGAGGCUUGGAUUGUAGAGCGCAUGGGAAAGUUCUACAGAAUACUUGAACCAGGCUUGAAUCUGCUUUGGCCAAUUGUCGACAAAAUAAAAUAUGUGCAAAGUCUAAAAGAAAUUGCCAUAGAUGUGCCAAAGCAAAGUGCUAUAACAUCUGACAAUGUUACUCUGAGCAUUGAUGGUGUAUUGUAUUUAAGGAUCAUAGAUCCAUACUUAGCAUCAUAUGGGGUGGAAGACCCAGAGUUUGCAAUAACACAACUAGCUCAAACCACCAUGAGGUCAGAACUUGGACAAAUAUCCCUUGACAAGGUUUUUAGAGAGAGAGAAUCCUUGAAUGUUUCAAUAGUGCAUGCAAUCAAUAAAGCAAGCGAAGCAUGGGGAAUAACUUGUCUUAGAUAUGAAAUACGUGAUAUAAAGCUGCCAAACAGAGUACACGAAGCUAUGCAGAUGCAAGUGGAAGCUGAGCGAAGGAAAAGAGCCGCCAUAUUGGAGUCUGAGGGUGUCCGUGCGGCAGACAUUAACGUGGCAGAAGGAAAGCGGCAGGCCAGAAUAUUAGGAUCUGAGGCGGAGAAGCAGGAACAAAUCAACAAGGCGUCGGGCGAGGCACAGGCGAUGCUGGCGGUGGCGGAGGCGCGCGCGCUCGGACUGAAGCUCGUCGCCAAAGCGUUGUCUUCACCGGAGAGUAAAAACGCCGCGUCACUGAUAGUAGCGGAGCAGUACGUGUCCGCCUUCAACAAGCUGGCGCGCACCAACAACACGCUGAUACUGCCGGCCAACGCGGGAGAUGUCUCCAACCUGGUUGCGCAGGCUAUGUCAAUAUAUUCAACAGUAACCGCACACAACAAACAUGUCCCUCACGGAGAACCGAUAGUGCCUGAAAUCAUGUCCGAAGACCCGAUGUUCAAAUUAACCCUUAACGAGAAAAGCACAACAUUGGCCGGACAACCCGUACCCAACGAAGAUGACAGCCUCGCUGAAUACUACUCCGAUGAUGAAGAAAGACAAAAAGCCAUACAAGCUCAGAAAGAUAAGAAACAGAUAUCCUUAGAAAAGGAAACGUAGAUACAAUAAGUACAGAAACGAUUAAAUAAAUAAAUAAAACUAUAUUAACAUAA